AUGUCUGAGUGGAGACCAGUGCUUGUUGAGGAGGUAGAAGAAAUGGGUGGAAUGGCCAAAGCUGUGGCUGAGGGGAUUCCCAAACUUCGUAUCGAAGAGUGUGCAGCCCGAAGACAAGCCAGGAUUGACUCUGGGUCUGAAGUAAUUGUUGGAGUAAACAAGCAUCAGCUAGAAAAAGAGGAGACAGUUGAAGUUCUGGCUAUUGAUAAUACUUCAGUCCGUAGCAAGCAGAUCGAGAAGAUUAAUAAGGUGAAGGCUAGUAGAGAUCAAGCAGCAGCCCAGCGAUGUCUCGCUGCUCUGACACAGUGUGCGGCCACUGGGGAAGGCAACUUACUAGAGCUUGCGGUGGAAGCAGCACGUUCAAGGUGCACUGUCGGAGAAAUAACUGAUGCAAUGAAGAAGGUGUUUGGGGAGCAUAAAGCCAGUGACCGAAUGGUGAGCGGAGCUUAUCGCCAGGAGUUUGGAGAGAGUGAUGAAAUUCUUCACGCCAUCCAUAGAGUUAACCAGUUCACGGACCGUGAGGGGCGCAGGCCGCGUAUACUUGUGGCAAAGAUGGGUCAAGACGGCCAUGACAGAGGAGCCAAAGUUAUUGCGACGGGAUUUGCAGACAUUGGCUUUGACGUGGACAUAGGUCCCCUCUUCCAGACACCUCGAGAGGUGGCCCAGCAGGCGGUCGACGCGGAUGUGCACUGCGUUGGUGUGAGCACGCUUGCAGCAGGUCACAAAACUCUUGUGCCUGAACUCAUCAAAGAACUCAACGCCCUUGACCGGCCAGACAUCCUUGUCAUAUGUGGAGGUGUCAUCCCACCUCAGGAUUACGACUUCCUGUACGAAGCCGGCGUGACCAAUGUGUUUGGUCCGGGGACUCGUAUUCCAAAAGCAGCUGUCCAGGUGUUGGAUGAUAUUGAGAAGUGCCUGGAGAAGAGGCAGCAGUCUCUGUGA